CUAUUCUCAGGUUAGUACACCAGAGACGGCUACCUCUCCUAAUGCCUACAGCCCAGAGCCCACCAACAGCACUAACACUCAGGUACACACUACUUCAUUACUAUAGGUUAUAGUCAGAGGUAGCCUGUCUUUGUAUCUAGGUUUGUCUCAUUAGGAACAUACUGUAUAUCUGACUUAGAGACAUCAUUACUUUGUUUUAACCCUUUGACUGUGUGUGUGUGUGAGCUUUGUAGGCCCAAGGCCAGGUCUGUCCAUACUUUAGCCAUUAAGACUGCCUGGGUCAGAGCCACGCCACUUAGCCUUUAAAACACAGCACCCUGAAACAGUCAUUUUUUUUAAAGCAGCUCUGUGGAACAUUUCCCAGAGUUCAGUGCUGCUGUUGUUGUUUUCAGGUUGCUAAUGGUGACAACCCUUGGUCUGGGGGAGGAGCUUACACCAAUGACACAACCGGGGGAUGGGACACCCAGGGAUACACACAGACUCAACAGAAUGCAGGUGACACACACACAGAGACACAGACCCACACACAAGAUGUUUGUGAACCUUGCUGUAUUUGUUAUGUUGCAUUUAUUUCAAAUUUUUUGGGAUAAUGUACCUGUGUGUGUGUGUGUGUGAAGGUGAUGAUGAUGGUGAGUGGGAAGAAGAGUGGGAUGAUGCCAGAUCAACAGGGGGUUAUGGUGACACUACAGGGGAGGAGGAAGGAGGGGCGACAGGACGCAACACACACUCACACAUGAAGAUAUCCAUCAACAAGUAAGACACAAACACUCACACAUGAAAAUAUCCAUCAACAAGUAAGACACAAACACUCACACAUGAAGAUAUCCAUCAACAAGUAAGACACACAAACACUCACACAUGAAGAUAUCCAUCAACAAGUAAGACACACAAACACUCACACAUGAAGAUAUCCCUCAACAAGUAAGACACACAAACACUCACACAUUUUAUUUUUUCUUCAAAAAUUCCCCGGUUUUCCAGAAAUCCCAGUUGGAGAAUUUCAGGAAUUCUAAGAGAAUAAAUCCCAGAACCCCCCCUGGGACAGUUACCAGAGUUAUGCAACCCUACAUUCAACACAUUGACCCAGGUUAGGUGCUAUGGAUUGACACUGAUAUAGGUCCGUAUUCUUCCACCAUGGCUAGGUUUGCGUUCUCUAAGACCCCCAACCCAGAGGUGUACCUGCUGGCUAAACUACCACCUAAAGGCAACGACCGACUGGCCAUUUACGUGAGUCAUCCGUCUGUUCUACACAUUUACAUUACAUUACAUUACAUUUCAUUGUAUUUCUUUACAUAACAUUACUCUACAUUACUUUACAUUACUCUACAUUACCUUACAUUACUCUACAUUAAUCUACAUUACAUACAUUUACAUUACUCUACAUUACAUACAUUUACAUUACUCUGCAUUACAUUACUCUACAUAGCAUUACUCUACAUUGCAUUACUCUACAAUACUCUACAUAGCAUUACUCUACAUAACAUUACAUUACUCUACAUUACGUUACAUUACAUUACUUUACAUUACUCUACAUUACAUUACUCUACAUUGCAUUACUCUACAUUACUCUACAUUACUCUACGUUACGUUACAUUACUCUACAUUUACAUUACUCUACAUUACAUUACGCUACAUUACAUUACUCUACAUUACUCUACAUUGCAUUACUCUACAUUGCAUUACUCUACAUUACAUUACGCUACAUUACAUUACUCUACAUUACUCUACAUUACAUUACUCUACAUUGCAUUACUCUACAUUGCAUUACUCUACAAUACUCUACAUAGCAUUACUCUACAUAACAUUACAUUACUCUACAUUACAUGACUUUACAUUACUCUACAUUACAUUACUCUACAUUACUCUACAUUACAUUACUCUACAUUUGCAUUACAUUACUUUACAUUUCAUUUACAAGGCAUUACAUUUACAUUACAUUAAAUUCACAUUACAUUACAUUUACAUUAAAAUUACAUUACAUUUCUGCCGGGAAAAAUUCUGCUACUGCAGAUGGUAAUAGCCAAUGUAGUAAUUGUGUCUGUGUCUGUGUGUCUGUGUGUGUGUGUGUGUGUGUGUGUCUGUCUGUGUCUGUGUCUGUCUGUGUCUGUGUAGAUGGGAGAUGUGGGGCCAGUGUGGCUGUAUCCCCAGUCUCCCCUUGACUGUGUCGUGGCUGAUCCUAAAAAAGGCUCUAAGAUGUACGGUCUGAAGAGCUACAUUGAGUACCAGGUCACACCCAAUGUGAGUAUCACACACACACACACACUAGUGCUGAGCGAUUAGUGCUUUUUGAGGUCGUUUCAGUUCGGUAAAUGUUGUUUUAUUGUUUCCGGUUUUGAUUUAAAAUAAUAAUAAUGUUGGUCUUAAAAUUAUUUGUAAAGCCAAAUAUUGAGAACAUUCAAUUGUCUUAUUACUUAUUUUAUUUGAUGACUUUUUUUUUAUUAUUUAAUUAUUUUCAGUCAUGAUCUCUGCUCAGGCAGUAGCAGCCAACCAACCAUCUAACGUUAUCUCUGUCAACAAGUCAUCCUAUUUAGAUAGGCGUCUACCUAAUAUGCUGCAGGGCUGUCUGACGAAAUCACAAUUUUAGUAGAUAAAGCAUACUUUCAAGACUGCUAAUUACCAAAGUGACACAACUAUCAAUCGAGUAUAGCUACCUCACCAACAGUCUCUAUCCCUCUGGUCAUUGUGUUGUGUACAUUCCUCUCUCAUGCGUCUUUCUGGGGCCAGAAGAGCAGGGCAGGUAGUACAGGCGCAAUGGAUUAUGGGCAUGGUAGUUAAUUACCACGUUUUCUGCCCUGAACUAAGUUGAAUAUCUUCUGUUGAAAACUACAACUUCCAACGUCCCACAGUUCGUUCUUGAUCUGAUUUCUCUCACGCUUGUAUUGAUUUCUCUCUAGAGAAACGGCACGUUUGAGCUCACAAAAAAAAUACUAACUAAAUGGAAUUUAAGUAAAUUAACCGACGUCGGUCAAUUAGUUGUUUAAUAAGCAAAAAAAAAGGUAUACAUUGAUCGCUCAGCACCAACACACACACACACACACACACACACACACUUCUCUGACUCUUUUUUUGUGUGUUUUCUACAGACGACCAACAGACCUGUCAAUCACAGGUAUAAGCAUUUUGAUUGGCUGUAUGAGCGCCUGUUGGAGAAGUUUGGUUCCGCCGUCCCAAUCCCCUCGCUGCCUGACAAACAGGUCACAGGUCAGUGGUUUCCAUGAGUUGUGGGCUGAAAAAAAAACCUGGCUUUAGAAAAUAUGUAUUGAGUUGUGUGCGUGUGCGUGCGCGUGUGUGUGUGCGUGUGCGUGUGUGUGUGUGCAGGGGCAUCCUUCGAGCCCCCGGGACCACCCAUACACAAAAAUGUAUGCACGCAUGACUGUAAGUCGCUUUGGAUAAAAGCGUCUGCUAAAUGGCAUAUUAUUAUUAUUAUUUAUAAAUAGUUCUGUAUUGGAGCCUGUUUACAAUGGCCGUCUAGUGGCUGUUCGCUGCUCGGGCACCCCAAUGGUGGAACAAGCUCCCCCACGACGCCAGGACAGCGGAGUCACUGACCACCUUCCGGAGACACUUGAAACCCUACCUCUUUAAUGAAUACCUGGAAUAGUCUAACAGUAAUCAUUCUACCCCCCCCCCCCUUCCCCCAGUGGUGGUUGUCCCACUGGCUAUCCUAUGUUGAAUGCACCAAUUUGUAAGUCGCUAAAUGACUUAAAUGUUAAAUGUAGUGAGCUCAUGAAUAGUUCUGUAUUGGAGACUAGUGAUCUCUAUCUGUGUUAUUGAUUCACCUGACCGCCCAUAAGCACAAAAUGUCUGCACACAUGACUGUAAGGCACUUUGGAUAAAAGCAUCUGCUGAAGGGCAUUGGUUAUUAAAGUGAAGGCGGACUGUAUGAGGAGGUUUUGUAAUUGACUGGUUCGGAGUUCAGAUUGUCACUACCUGUUAGAAUGCGGAUGAAGUAGGGGAUGAGAUGAAUCCAAUUAUCUGGUUUAUUUUACACGCACAGCAAAGACAAACCGAGGGGGAGAAUAUGAUGGUGGAUGUUGUUGGCUUGUAAAGCCGGUAGGUUGGGUUGUAGUGGUUUAGGAGGGAUAAAACACAUAUCAGGGUCAAAUCAACAUAAAAGGUGCAUGAAUGAUCGAGUAGUGCUGCCGGGUGAAUAAACAGGAAGGAAAUGGGCUCUACGGUAACAUGUAAUUUAACAGGAAGGAAAUGGGCUUAACGGUAACAUGUAAUUAGCAGGAAGGAAAUGGGCUCAACAGUAACAUGUAAUUAACAGGAAGGAAAUGGGCUUAACGGUAACAUGUAAUUAACAGGAAGGAAAUGGGCUCAACAGUAACAUGUCAUUAACAGGAAGGAAAUGGGCUCAACGGUAACAUGUCACUAACAGGAAGGAAAUGGGCUCAACAGUAACAUGUAAUUAACAGGAAGGAAAUGGGCUUAACGGUAACAUGUCAUUAACAGGAAGGAAAUGGGCUUAACGGUAACAUGUCAUUAACAGGAAGGAAAUGGGCUUAACGGUAACAUGUAAUUAACAGGAAGGAAAUGGGCUUAACGGUAACAUGUAAUAAGCAUUAUUAUAACAACGUUUCCACCCUUAUGUCUUCAUCAGGCAUCCAUAUCCCAGGUAGGGGUGGAAGGUCCUAUAUGUAUGUAUGUACGUAUGUAUGUAUGUAUGUAUGUAUGUAUGUAUGUAUGUAUGUAUGUAUGUGUAUAUAUAGGGGCAGUACUCGGUGACAUCACUUCCUGAAACAGGAGGUAAAAAUAUAUAACAGGUUCACAAUAUUAACAUUCAAAGUAUCAACAUAUAUGAUCAUACACAAGGAAUGUAAUCAAUAUUUACAGUAAUAUAUAUAUAUAUAUAUAUACACACACACAAUAUUCAAUUAGGAUAAAAAAAAAAUAUAUAUAUAUAUAUAUAUAUAUAUAUAUAUAUAUAUAUAUAUAUAAAAACGGUUUUUAAAUCGAACUCCUCAUUAAGGCCAAGAGGAGACUGUGUUGAGCCUGUGGAUCAAUUUAUAGUCCACGUGUAUUGGGGAGGGCAGGCAGUGGAUAAACUGAGCUGUAUAAUAAGAGUCUGGUAGCAGCAGUUGUGAUGUGUGUGUGUGUGUGUGUAGCAUGAAUUUAUACACUGAGUCCUUCCUAAUACUGAGUCGCACCCCGUUUUGCCCUCAGAACAGCCUCAAUUCGUCAGGGCAUGGACCCUACAAGGUGUCUUAAGCAUUCCACAGGGAUGCUGGCCCAUGUUGACUCCAGUGCUUCCCACAGUUAUGUCAAGAUGGCUGAAUGUUCUUUGGGUGGUGGACCAUUCUUGAUACACACGGGAAACUGUUUAGCGUGAAAAACCCAGCAGUGUUGCAGUUCUUGACACAAACCGGUGCACCUGGCACCUACUGACUUACCCUGUUCAAAGGCACUUAAAUAUUUUAUCUUGCCCAUUCACCCUCUGAAUGGCACACACACACACAAUCUGUCUCAAUUGUCUCAUAGCUUAAAUAUCCUUCUUUAACCUGUCUCCUCCCCUUCAUCUACACUGAUUUGAAGUGGAUUUAACAAGUGACAUCAAUAAGGAAUCAUAGGUUUCACCUGGAUUCACCUGGUCAGUCUAUGUCAUGGGAACGAGCAGGUGUUCCUAAUGUUUUGUAUACUCAGUGCCUUCAGAAAGUAUUCACACCCCUUGACUUUUUCCACAUUUUGUUGUGUUCCAGCCUGAAUUAUUAUGGAUUAAAUUGAGAUUUUUUUUGUCACUGCCCUACACAUAAUACCCCAUAAUGUCAAAGUGGAAUUGUGUUUUUGGAAAUGUGUACAAAGUAAUGAAAAAUGGAAAACUGAAAUGUCAUGAGUAAAUAAGUAUUCAACCCCUUUGUUAUGGCAAGCCUAAAUAUAUUCAGGAGCUUAUCAAGUCACAUUCAUAUAAUAAGCUGCAUGGACUCACUCUGUCUGCAAUAAUAGUGUUUAACAUGAUUUUUGAAAGAGUACCUCAUCUCUGUACCCCACACAUACAAUUAUCUGUAAGGUCCCUCAGUCGAGCAGUGAAUUUCAAACACAGUUUCAACCACAAAAGACCAGUGAGGUUUUCAAAUGCCUCGCAAAGAAGGGCACCUAUUGGUAGAUGGGUAAAAAUAAAAAAGCAGACAUUGAACAACGAUACAGACGUCCUUCCUAACUCCGUUGCCGGGGAGGAAGGAAACCUAUCAGGGAUUUCACCAUGAGGCCAAUGGUGACUUUAAAACAGUUAAAGAGUUUAAAGGCUGUGAUAGGAGAAAACUGAGGAUGGAUCAACAACAUUGUAGUUACUCCACAAUACUAACCUAAUUGGCCGAGUGAAAAGAAGGAAGCCUGUACAGAAUAAAAAUAUUCCAAAACAUGCAUCCUGUUUGCAACAAGGCACCAAAGUAAUACUACAAAAAAUGUGGUAAAGAAAUUAACUUUUUAUCCUGAAUACAAAGUGUGUCAAAUACAAUACAAGACAUUACUGAGUACCACUCUCCAUAUUUUCAAGCAUAGUGGUGGCUGCAUCAUGUUAUGGGUAUGCUCGUAAUCGUUAAGGACUGGGGAGUUUUUCAGGAUAAAAAAUAAACAAGUUGGAGCUAAGCACAGGCAAAAUCCUAGAGGAAAACCUGGUUCAGUCUGCUUUCCACCAGACACUGGGAGAUGAAUUCACCUUUCAGCAGGACAGUAACCUAAAACACAAGGCUUAAUCUACAAUGGAGUUGUUUACCAAGAAGACAGUGAAUGUUUCUGAUUGGCUGAGUUAGUUUUGACUUAAAUGUACUUGAAAAUCUACGGCAAGACCUGAAAAUGGUUGUCUAGCAAUGAUCAACAAACAAUUUGACAGAGCUGGUGUCACACCCUGGCUCUGGGGACUCUAUAUGUUGAGCCAGGGUGUGUAGUUUCUAUGUGUUUUGUUCUAUGUUCACAGUCUAGUUCUUGUAUUUCUAUGUUGGCCAGAGUGGUUCCCAAUCAGAGGCAACGAGUGUCAGCUGUUGCUGGUUGUCUCUGAUUGGGAGCCAUAUUUAAACAGUCUGUUUUCCCUUAGUGUUUGUGGGAUCUUGUUCCUUUUGGUGUGUCCCGUGUUUGUUGUGUUUAACAUAGGACGUCACGUUAUCGUUUAUUGUUUUGUUGCUCGUUCAUUCAUUAAAUAAAAGAAGUAUGUUCGUUCAUCACGCUGCGCCUUGGUCCACUCACUCUAACGAUCGUGACAGAAGAUCCCACCAUACCAGGACCAAGCAGCGUGUCCAGGAGCAGGCGGCCUGGACAUGGGAGGAAGCGCCGGGAAAGGAGCUGGAGAGGUUGGCGAUGGCCCAGGUGGGCAAAUCGUGGUCCUGGGAGGACAUGCUCGGGGGCAAAGGGCCAUGGGCUAAGAUUAAGGCCCUGGCGAGAGAGGAGCAACGGCGUCAACAGUGUCGUCGUCGGACGGACGAGAGGCAACCCCAGAAAUGUUUUAGGGGGGGGCACACGGCAUGGGCGACUGGGCAGCAGGAGGCUGCCACAGGGCGAAAUGGGAGACGAGGAGAGAAGGCCACCGGGUUACGGGAGCCAUUGGUGAGAGGAGGGAAGGAAGUUGUAGAGGCACGGCGAGAGGUACUGAGGUGUAUUGCCAGUCCGGUCCGGCCCGUUCCUGAUCCCCGUUUAAGGCCAGUGGUGUGUGUUCCCAGUACGGUCCGGCCUGUUCCUGUCCCUCGCACCAAGCCUACGGUGCGCGUCGCCAGCCCGGCCCGGCCUGUUCCUGCCCCUCGCACCAAGCCUACGGUGCGCGUCGUCAGCCCGGCCCGGCCUGUUCCUGCUCCUCGCACCAAGCCUAUGGUGUGCGUCGCCAGCCCGGCCCGGCCUGUUCCUGCUCCACGCACCAAGCCAGGGGUGUGCGUCAUCAGCCCGGUCCGGCCCGUUCCUGCUCCACGCACCAAGCCAGGGGUGCGAGUCGUCAGCCCGGUCCGGCCCGUUCCUGCUCCACGCACCAAGCCAGGGGUUUGCAUCGUCAGCCCGGUCCGGCCCGUUCCUGCUCCACGCACCAAGCCAGGGGUGCGCGUCGUCAGCCCGGUCCGGCCCGUUCCUGCUCCACGCACCAAGCCAGGGGUGCGAGUCGUCAGCCCGGUCCGGCCCGUAGCUGCUCCACGCACCAAGCCAGGGGUGCGCAUCGUCAGCCCGGUACGGCCCGUUCCGGCUCCACGCACCAAGCCAGGGGUGCGCAUCGUCAGCCCGGUCCGGCCCGUAGCUGCUCCACGCACCAAGCCAGGGGUGCGCAUCGUCAGCCCGGUACGGCCCGUUCCGGCUCCACGCACCAAGCCAGGGGUGCGCAUCGUCAGCCCGGUCCGGCCCGUAGCUGCUCCACGCACCAAGCCAGGGGUGCGCAUCGUCAGCCCGGUCCGGCCCGUUUCUGCUCCACGCACCAAGCCAGGGGUGUGCAUCGUCAGUCCGGCACAACCCGUGCCUGGGUCACCGGUGCCUGGUCAGGUACCGGUCAGCUGCUCCACACCGGAGCUGAAGCAAUCCGCUCCUACGAUGUCCAGUCCAGCUCCAGCCAGCGGGGCCAGACCGGACCAGGGGCGCUACGGGGGGAUUAUUGGAAGGUGGUGGGCAAGCCCGGAGCCGGAACCGCCUCCGAGGAGGAAUGCCCACCCAGCCCUCCCCUGUUUGGUUUAUGUGGAGGCGCGGUCGCAGUCCGCGCCUUUGGGGGGGGUACUGUCACACCCUGGCUCUGGGGACUCUAUAUGUUGAGCCAGGGUGUGUAGUUUCUAUGUGUUUUGUUCUAUGUUCACAGUCUAGUUCUUGUAUUUCUAUGUUGGCCAGAGUGGUUCCCAAUCAGAGGCAACGAGUGUCAGCUGUUGCUGGUUGUCUCUGAUUGGGAGCCAUAUUUAAACAGUCUGUUUUCCCUUAGUGUUUGUGGGAUCUUGUUCCUUUUGGUGUGUCCCGUGUUUGUUGUGUUUAACAUAGGACGUCACGUUAUCGUUUGUUGUUUUGUUGCUCGUUCAUUCAUUAAAUAAAAGAAGUAUGUUCGUUCAUCACGCUGCGCCUUGGUCCACUCACUCUAACGAUCGUGACAGCUGGAAGAAUUUUGAAAAUAAUAAUGGGCAAAUGUACAGGUGUGGAAAGCUGUUAGACUUACCCAGAAAGACUCACAGCUGUAAUCGCUGCCAAAGGUGAUUCUAACAUGUACACUGCUCAAAAAAAUAAAGGGAACACUUAAACAACACAAUGGAACUCCAAGUCAAUCACACUUCUGUGAAAUCAAACUGUCCACUUAGGAAGCAACACUGAUUGACAAUACAUUUCACAUGCUGUUGUGCAAAUGGAAUAGACAACAGGUGGAAAUUAUAGGCAAUUAGCAAGACACCCCCAAUAAAGGACUGGUUUUGCAGGUAGUGACCACAGACCACUUCUCAGUUCCUAUGCUUCCUGGCUGAUGGUUUGUUCACUUUUGAAUGCUGGCGGUGCUUUCACUCUAGUGGUAGCAUGAGACGGAGUCUACAACCCACACAAGUGGCUCAGGUAGUGCAGCUCAUCCAGGAUGGCACAUCAAUGCGAGCUGUGGCAAGAAGGUUUGCUGUGUCUGUCAGCGUAGUGUCCAGAGCAUGGAUGCGCUACCAGGAGACAGGCCAGUACAUCAGGAGAUGUGGAGGAGGCUGUAGGAGGGCAACAACCCAGCAGCAGGACUGCUACCUCCGCCUUUGUGCAAGGAGGAGCAGGAGAAGCACUGCCAGAGCCCUGCAAAAUGACCUCCAGCAGGCCACAAAUGUGCAUGUGUCUGCUCAAACGGUCAGAAACAGACUCCAUGAGGGUGGUAUGAGGGCCCGACGUCCACAGGUGGGGGUUGUGCUUACAGCCCAACACUGUGCAGGACGUUUGGCAUUUGCCAGAGAACACCAAGAUUGGCAAAUUCGCCACUGGCGCCCUGUGCUCUUUACAGAUGAAAGCAGGUUCACACUGAGCACAUGUGACAGACGUGAUAGAGUCUGGAGACGCCGUGGAGAACGUUCUGCUGCCUGCAACAUCCUCCAGCAUGACCGGUUUGGCGGUGGGUCAGUCAUAGUGUGGGGUGGCAUUUCUUUGGGGGGCCGCACAGCCCUCCAUGUGCUCGCCAGAGGUAGCCUGACUGCCAUUAGGUACCGAGAUGAGAUCCUCAGACCCCUUGUGAGACCAUAUGCUGGUGCGGUUGGCCCUGGGUUCCUCCUAAUGCAAGACAAUGCUAGACCUCAUGUGGCUGGAGUGUGUCAGCAGUUCCUGCAAGAGGAAGGCAUUGAUGCUAUGGACUGUCCCGCCCGUUCUCCAGACCUGAAUCCAAUUGAGCACAUCUGGGACAUCAUGUCUCGCUCCAUCCACCAACGCCACGUUGCACCACAGACUGUCCAGGAGUUGGCGGAUGCUUUAGUCCAGGUCUGGGAGGAGAUCCCUCAGGAGACCAUCCGGUACCUCAUCAGGAGCAUGCCCAGGCGUUGUAGGGAGGUCAUACAGGCACGUGGAGGCCACACACACUACUCAGCCUCAUUUUGACUUGUUUUAAGGACAUUACAUCAAAGUUGGAUCAGCCUGUAGUGUGGUUUCCACUUUAAUUUUGAGGGUGACUCCAAAUCCAGACCUUCAUACUUUCUGAAGGCAGUGUGUGUGUGCCUGAGUCGGUGUGUGCCUGAGUGUGUGUGUGUGCCUGGGUGUGUGUGCCUGAGUGUGUGUGUGUGUGUGUGUGUGCCUGGGUGUGUGUGUGUGCCUGGGUGUGUGUGUGUGCCUGGGUGGGUGUGUGCCUGAGUGUGUGUGUGCCUGAGUGUGUGUGUGUGCCUGAGUGUGUGUGUGUGCCUGGGUGGGUGUGUGUGCCUGAGUGUGUGUGUGUGUGUGCCUGGGUGGGUGUGUGCCUGAGUGUGUGUGUGCCUGAGUGUGUGUGUGUGCCUGAGUGUGUGUGUGUGCCUGGGUGGGUGUGUGCCUGAGUGGGUGUGUGCCUGAGUGUGUGUGUGCUGUGUGCCUGAGUGUGUGUGCCUGAGUGUGUGUGUGCUGUGUGCCUGAGUGUGUGUGCCUGAGUGUGUGUGUGUGUGUGUGUGUGUGUGCCUGAGUGUGUGUGUGUGUGUGCCUGAGUGUGUGUGUGUGCCUGGGUGGGUGUGUGCCUGAGUGGGUGUGUGCCUGAGUGUGUGUGUGCUGUGUGCCUGAGUGUGUGUGCCUGAGUGUGUGUGUGUGCUGUGUGCCUGAGUGCCUGAGUGUGUGUGCCUGAGUGUGUGUGUGUGCUGUGUGCCUGAGUGUGUGUGCUAAGGUGCGGAGAAUCCGAGCACUCACUAACACACACAGAGGGUAGGAAAAGAGCAUCACCAUGAAAGGAGAAGUUUGCUGUGUUCAGGAGAGGAGAAGGUUUGCUGUGUUCAGUUUGCUGUGUUCAGGAGAGGAGAAGGUUUGCUGUGUUCAGGAGAGGAGAAGGUUUGCUGUGUUCAGGAGAGGAGAAGGUUUGCUGUGUUCAGGAGAGGAGAAGGUUUGCUGUGUUCAGGAGAGGAGAAGGUUUGCUGUGUUCAGGAGAGGAGAAGGUUUGCUGUGUUCAGUUUGCUGUGAUCAGGAGAGGAGAAGGUUUGCUGUGUUCAGGAGAGGAGAAGGUUUGCUGUGUUCAGUUUGCUGUGAUCAGGAGAGGAGAAGGUUUGCUGUGUUCAGGAGAGGAGAAGGUUUGCUGUGUUCAGGAGAGGAGAAGGUUUGCUGUGUUCAGUUUGCUGUGAUCAGGAGAGGAGAAGGUUUGCUGUGUUCAGGAGAGGAGAAGGUUUGCUGUGUUCAGUUUGCUGUGUUCAGGAGAGGAGAAGGUUUGCUGUGUUCAGGAGAGGAGAAGGUUUGCAGUGUUCAGUUUGCUGUGAUCAGGAGAGGAGAAGGUUUGCUGUGUUCAGGAGAGGAGAAGGUUUGCUGUGUUCAGGAGAGGAGAAGGUUUGCUGUGUUCAGUUUGCUGUGAUCAGGAGAGGAGAAGGUUUGCUGUGUUCAGGAGAGGAGAAGGUUUGCUGUGUUCAGGAGAGGAGAAGGUUUGCUGUGUGCAGGAGAGGAGAAGGUUUGCUGUGUUCAGAAGAGGAGAAGUGUGAUGUGUUCAGGAGAGGAGAAGGUUUGCAGUGUUCAGGCUGAGAGGUGGUGAUUUGGGAGUGAGAAUAGGUGUAGUGCGUAGGGGCGUGAUCUGGACCAAUUAGUUCAAUCAGGAGUGGUCGUCAAUACAAUAUUAUUAUUAUUAUUAUUAUUAUUAUUAUUAUUAUUAUCAUUGUUAAUAUAUCCAUUCCUCCAUCUUGUCAGGUCGUUUUGAGGAGGAGUUUAUCAAGAUGAGGAUGGAGAGACUGCAGGGCUGGAUGUGUCGGAUGUGUCGACAUCCUGUCGUCUCCAACAGUGACGUCUUCCAACUCUUCCUCACGUACAGAGACGAGAAGGUACACGCGCACGCACGCACACACACACAGUCCACACACACACACAGUCCACACACACACACACACACACAGUCCACACACACACACACACAGUCCACACACAACACCACACACAGUCCACACACACACACACAGUCCCACACACACACACAGUCCACACACAACACACAGUCCACACACACCACACACACCACAGUCCCCACACACACACACACAGUCCACACAAACACACAGUCACACAGUCACACACACACACAACCACACACAACAGUCCACACCAACACAACACAGUCAACCAAACACACACCAAACACAAAGUCCACACACACACACACACACACACACAACACAGUCACACACACACACACACACAGUCCACACAACAACACACCACAACACACCAGUCCACACACACAACACCAACAGUCCCAACAACCACACACACACAGUCACACACAACACCACACACACCAAUCCACACACACACACACACACAGUCCACACACACACAGUCCACACACACAACACAGUCCACCACACACACACAGUCCACACCACACACACAGUCCACACACACACACACAGUCCACACACACACACAGUCCACACACACACACAGUCCACACACACACAGUCCACACACACACACACACACAGUCCAACACACACACACAGUCCACACACACACAGCCACACACCACAGUCCACACACACACACACAGUCCACACACCACACAGUCCACACACACACAGUCCACACACACACAGUCCACACAGUCCACACACUCGUGCAGGCCAUCACUCUCUCUCUCUCUGUGUGUGUGUGUGUGGACGGGUCAGGAGUGGAAGACCGGGAAGAGGAGAGCAGAGAAGGAUGAGUGUGUUGGACCAAUGAUCUUCUCCACCAUCGACCCUGAAGCUCCUGAGUUGGACCUUAUAGAAGUGUACGUAUGGUAGAUAUACCGACACACACUCACAUAGAUUUCAGAUGCGUAUUUGACAUUGGUUCUUAUCUGUGUGUGUGUGUAGGGAGCAGAAGUGUGAGUUGUUCAGUAAGUUCACUAAGGAGAUGGAUGAUGGCGUUAAAGACCUGCUGAUCGUUGGGAACCUACACUGGAAACGCUGCACAGGCUGUGAGGAGCAACACACACACACACACAGGACUCACUUCCUGCCCUGAAAAACUACAAACUCUACCUACACUCCUCUCUGAAAACCCUAGUUUUAUGUCCACACCCCAACUCAACCCUAACCCUACUUUGUUAAAAUUACAACUCCCUCCUAGCCAUACUUUGUUAAAACUACAACUCCCUCCUAGCCAUACUUUGUUAAAACUACAACUCCCUCCUAGCCAUACUUUGUUAAAACUACAACUCCCUCCUAGCCAUACUUUGUUAAAACUACAACUCCCUCCUAGCCAUACUUUGUUAAAACUACAACUCCCUCCUAGCCAUACUUUGUUAAAACUACAACUCCCUCCUAGCCAUACUUUGUUAAAACUACAACUCCCUCCUAGCCAUACUUUGUUAAAACUACAACUCCCUCCUAGCCAUACUUUGUUAAAACUACAACUCCCUCCUAGCCAUACUUUGUUAAAACUACAACUCCCUCUUAGCCAUACUUUAUUAAAACUACAACUCAACACUAACCCUACUUUGUUAAAACUACAACUCCCUCCUAGCCAUACUUAGUUAAAACUUUAACUCCCUCCAAGUCGUACUGCAUUAAACCAGGUGUGUGUUUGAUGUGUUCAGCUCUGCGUAAGGAGUACCAGAGGAUUGGGAAGGCCUUUCAGAACCUGUCAUCUGUCUUCAACACCAGUGGAUAUGCAGGUACUGACCGACUCCCAUUAUGCUUUAUGCUCAAUGAUACUGGCUACUGUCAAAGUACUGUCACUAAAGUGUGUGUGUGUGUGUGUGUGUGUGUGUGUGUGUGUAGGAGAGGCCACGCUCACAGACGCUCUCACAGCUGCAGGGAAAACGUAUGAGGAUAUCGCACAGAUCAUAGCCGAGCAGGUAACACACACAGACCACCUAUGUCAUGGUUCUUCCUUCCCUGUUCUCCUCUUGCCCUUCUUCCUUCCUCUGAUUACACUCUCUCUCUCUCUCCAUCCCCUCUCUCUCUCUCUCUCUCUCUCUCUCUCUCUCUCUCUCUCUCUCUCUCUCUCUCUCUCAUAUUGUCUCUGAAGGUCGAACUACAGACCCUGAGUGAAAAUAAACUGUGGUGAUGUAUUUCUUUCAGCCGAGAAAAGACCUUCAUUUCCUGAUGGAAACCAACAACGAAUACAAAGGACUGCUAGGCUGCUUCCCUGAUACUAUAGGAGUACACAAGGUACACAACAGAUACUACUGUAAAGUAUUAUUAAGUAUUGUAUACCCUGAAACCUGAUACUAUAGGAGUACAAAAGGUACACAACAGAUUGUAAAUUAUUAAGUAUUGUAGCCUGAUACACAUCAGAUCACAACUAAGUUGAAGAAGUCGUUUGUUGAGCUGGUCCGUAACAGUAGAACCAAUGGAAUAGUCCUAAAAGUACAAACACCGCUCUCCAGGCGUGCUGGUCAAGGUAAAUCAACUGUGUGUGUGUGUGUGUGUGUGUAGGCGGCUAUAGAGAAGGUAAAGGAAGGGGAUAAGAUGGUGGCAGCAGGGAAGAUCACCACUCAGGACAAAGUGACCAUGGCCAAACGCACCAGCAUCAUGUCCUACUCACUACAAGGUAACACACACACACACACACACCUGCGCCCACACACACACACACCUGUUCACCUGUGUAACGCAACCUCUACCUGCCACCUGUGUUUCCAUACAGCUGAGAUGAAUCACUUCCAUAGCAACCGUAUCUAUGACUACAACAGAGUCAUGCAGUUCUACCUGGAAGAACAGAUCAGGUUCUAUGAAACGGUAAGAGGGAGAGAGAGACUGUUAUUGUCUUUCAAAACAUAAUGAAACUAUCAUAUGGUUUGAAAGACAAUAUAUUUUGAAAGACUAUGUUUUGAAAGAAAGCCAUAUGUACUAUAUCACAAGUCUAAAGAGAGUAAUAGUUGCAUGCUCUGGUUAAUGUAGGUCUGGUCUCCUGUUGCAUGCUCUGGUUAAUGUAGUUGUCAUCUCCUGUUGCAUGAUGAUUAAUGUAGUUUUCUUCUCAUUGGUCAGAUUGCUGAGAAGCUGAAGCAAACCCUGGGCCGGUUUACCACACUGUAAAGGGAAACGCACACAAACAAACCUUGUUCCUCUCCUCUCUGCUUCGUGGACCAACAACCUUAAACUGGAUGGACUGGUGUCUGGAUGAUCUAGUUGGACGACUGAGUCACCCUGUGCCUUUUUAACUACAUGAGGAGCUAAAGAUAAUAAUAAUAUAUGUUAAUGUUACAGUGCAGAACAACAUGUUAAAUGUUGUUCAUAACCCUCUAAUUUUGCCUUAUCUCAUUUAUUUAUAAUAUAGAUGUAUGCAAUAUUUAUAUUUAAUGUUUACUAUGUUUGGAUGUUUUCUCUUUGUCUUAUUAUUCUUAUUCUGGAUAAUGUGAUUUAGAGAGGAGAGAGAGAGGGGAGACAGAGAGGGGAGACAGAGAGGGGAGACAGAGAGACCGAGAGAGGGGAGACAGAGAGAGAGGAGAUACUGAGAGAAGAGAGGAGAGAGGGGAGACAGAGAGAGAUAGAGAGGGGAGACAGAGAGAGAUAGAGAGGGAGACAGAGAGAGAGAGAGACAGAAGAGAGGAGACAGAGAGAGAGAGACAGAAGAGAGGAGACAGAGAGAGAGAGACAGAAGAGAGGAGAGACCGAGAGAGGGGAGACAGAAAGAGAGGAGAGACUGAGAGAAGAGAGGAGAGAGGGGAGACAGAGAGGGGAGACGGAGAGGAGUGAGGGGAGACUGAGAGACCGUGACAGAAAGAUCAUGUGACUCACCCACCCUGGCGCCCCCUCAAGCAAACACACUGCUGGCAGUGUUUCCCCUUUUCCAUGACCUCCCUCCCUCCCUCCACACACACAAACACAGACACUCACAAAGCCAUUUGACCACUCUCUGUAUGCCCUCUCAUUUAUAGAACAACGCAUACACACACACACACUCCCAAUGCAACGCUGCAGAUUGCUCAUCCGUCCAUCUGAAUUCUCUUUCUUUCUCUCUCUCUGUCUCUGUCUCUCUCUCUC